GACGACAUACUUUGCGUCGUGCCUAGAAAAGAAGAAAUGCAGGGUUUGUGGGGUACGGCGUGGCUUGGGGCCAAGAUUGUGGAAAGUGUUUAUAUGGGAGCGUGCGAAGCUGCCGACAAGACUUAAGCAUCGUGCACAAGAAACGAAAGACUUCAACAGUAACUGACACCAUGCCUUCUCCACACACCGCUGAGCAACGCCGUGAGCCCACGUACACGGACGCCUACGAACCAGGUCGACCUAGGCAUCCACCUCCUCCUGAUCACCAACGCGCACGGCGCCCACGCUAUGAGGAUGAACAUGGACGAGACGACCGCCGUCCGCGCCGCCACAGAACCUACAAAGCCCCAUCACCAUCCUCCUCCUCCUCUCUCAGUCCACCGCCCCGACACCGCCGUCGCCGGCCCGAGCCCGAGCCCUACGACUCCUACGACGACCACUACGCCCGUCGGCGUCACCGCCCGCGCGACGAAGGCUACCUGUCGGAUAACCGGCACAACCGGCCUCGGCGCGACGCCUAUGACGACAGGGGACCACCGAGAGAUAGGGACCGACACCACGAUCGCGAUGCUCGGGAGCGUCGCCCUCCACCCGAUGCUAGAGAGCGGAGGCUGAAGCCGGAGCGCAAGGAGAGCAAGUGGCAGAAGGAGGCGAAGGAUAUUUUCAAGGAGUAUGCCAUGCCAGCGAUCAAGGCUGAGGGUGGGAAGUAUAUCUCGAAGCAGAUUGGGAACUUUAUUUCGAAGCAGGCUGCUUGAUGGCGAAAGUUGGUGGAUAGAUUUGAGGGUGCAGGGUUUGGGAGAGUGUUUGUACGAUUAGGUGUUCUUGGGUUGGCGCUGA